AUGAAGCUAUUAGUUCUGAUAAUCCUUGCAGGCUCCAGCUUUGCUUAUGCUCAAGCCGAUCAUAAAGGAAGAAAUGCUCAAGACGAUUCAGGUCUUUGUUUAUGCCAAGGCAACCAGUCUUCAGUAGUCGUGAAUAAUUCUUCUGGAGUAGAGACUCGGACUCAAACAAGACAUAUUCAAGGAGGAUGUAUUCAUAAAUUAUUAAAAGAGCCAAACAAUUAUAUUUAUCACUACUAAUUGCAUAUUAAUUCAUUAUAAUAACCUUGUGCUAUAUUCGUCUAGCAUGGUAUAAUUGUUCUUGCAUAUGCAAUUGCACAUCGCCAAACAUGUGUAGCUGUGAUUGUUCAUGCUUCAAUGGUUCUGCAGUUAACCAAACCAGUCAGCCUAACCAAACUGGCCAAAAUGCUUCUUCACAAAAUCAAUCACUUUCUAAUCUAACUUGCAAUUGCAACUCGUCUUCUGCUAACCAGACCGUACAAAAUUCUUCAAAUUCCUCACAGUUUAUAGUGAUUAUUACUAAUCAAUCUGAGCUUGGAGAUCUUAUAUGUGAAUGCAAUCAAACUAGAGGAAAUCUAAGCGGUGGAAAUCUAUUGAAUGUAUCUGGCUCGCCACAAGUGAUAAGAGUUCCCGCAAAUGAAACGGAUAUAUUCUGACUUAUAGGGCUUAAUUAUUUUUAUCGUGUGCUGAAAAUCAUAUUUCUAUAAAGUAGGAUUCUUAUGGUUAAUGCUAAAAUUUGUAAUAAUUUAUAAUUGAAUAUUGAAUUUUGUAUUAGAGCGCUGAGAUGCCGUUUAAGGCUUUUUAGGUAUUUUAUCAAAAUAUAAAGUUAAUUAUGCAGAAAUAAGGUAAAAUUAGAUAAAAAAGCAUAGAGUGUGUAUGCAACACAACUACUAUUGAAGUAAAUAUUACGAAUAUUAGUGAAACCCAAAAUCAAACUGUUGUUAAUAGGAGCAAUACAGCUAAUACGACUUCGUCAUGCCGAUGCAAUGUUAGUAUUCUGAAUUCAACUAUGGCGAAUAUUAGCAGCAGCUCAAGAAGACUUCUGGAUAUCCCUGAAUUUAUGAGAAUUAAGAAAGAUUUCAAAUAUACUGAAGAUUUCUUGAAAGAUAGGAAAAGAAGACUAAGUAUGCAUUAUUAA